AUGCAAAUCAAAGAGACCUCCGAUCUCUACGUCCAGUGCAGCACUGUGUGCUUCGACCGCUGUGUGAUGAACUUCACCGCCAGAAAGCUCAAUGAUAAGGAGCUGGACUGCAUCGAAAAGUGCACGCAGAAGUUUGCGAAGAUGAACCAACGCCUGACGAUUCGACUGUUUGAGCUAAAUCGCGACGAACUCUCGAAGCAACAGCAGCAGCAGCAACCACAAAAGUAG